GUUGUUUUGGAGUUCCUUCGGACGUUGCCAAACAUACUAAAAUUUAUGGGUUUCUAUGGUAUUGUCAAGAAUGUUAUCCUGCUGUUUCUGAUUUUAAUAAGUAUUUAUUUUUCGCACACUUUGGAUACUAAGCUAAAAGAGGUGAUAGGUAAUAUAGAGAAACUAUUCACUGAAGCUAAAGAAGAAAUUUUUAAAAUGGCCAAAGAAAAUAUUACCAAUAUACCUCCUUUUGAUUUAAAUAAGUCAACUCAUUCGCAAGUCGCUCAAGCGAGAUGUCAAUCGGUUGUAGUUAUUAAACUUAAAGAUGCUACACAAAAUAAUAUUCAAACUAAGGCUGAUAUUAUGAGCAAUAAUAAUCCCACUAAACUAAAUAUAGAAGUUUCAAAAGUUAAGAAUACUAGAGAUGGAGGAAUACUUGUUGGGUAUAGUAAGAAUGAAGACGCAUCUAAAUUUAAAAAUGCAGCUAACGCAAAAUUAUCAGAUGCUUACGAAGUAAAAAAAAUUAAAAGUAGAAAUCCGAAACUUAGAACAGUUGGAAUGAUUGAGAUGAACCUGACGAACUUAUUUUGUUACUUAAGUACCAAAAUCAUGUCAUCCAAUCGUCCAGAGUUUGCAGCGUUGUGA